AGCCCAGCCUGUGCCAAGCCGGGCCUGCCCUCCCCUGACCAGACCCUGCCAGUCCUUCUCACCGGGCCCUGUCCUCACCUAACCCUGUCCCCCUCCCCAGGCCCUGUCCUCACCCAGCCCUAUCUUCCUGGCCCUGUCCUCCUCCCCAGAACCUGUCCUCCUUAGCCAGGUGACGCCCCUGCAGGUCUUCCCUCCAUAGUCACCCUGCACUCUGGAGGAGGCGACCUGGGCCUGGGUGGUGACUUCCAGGAUUCUCACACCCCAGAUUCCCAGGGAAAAUGUGCUCCUUUGGAGGUGGGCAGAGGGCUCAGAAGAAAGAGAUGGACCAGAAAUGAGAGAAAAGGGAAAACAGACCCUUAACACAGAUGGCAAGGGAUUGCAGAGAGAGGGCGUAAGAGUGAAAGAAGAGGCCAUAAAGCAGCAGAGAGAAGAAAUCUAGAAUCGCAAUCUCCACAGAGGUGAAGGACAGCCACUCAGGGAAAAAUACAACCUGGAGGGACCUCUGGCAGAGCAUGGGAGGAGAGGACAGAUAAUCUGCAUGGCAGAGGGGAACUGUGGUACUGGGACAAGAAGAGGGGUAACAUGUGACAAGGGGAGCCCAGGGAGGAGCACUUCAGGAAGGGAUGUGGGUGUUCAGAGCAUGGGGACAGGGGCCUGCAGCAGGCAGGGCAGAGGGAGCCUGUAGAUGGGGAAGAAAGAGGCAGAGAUCUGUGGAGAUUGGGGACAGUCAGGGACUGGGCAGAAAGACUGACUGGAGGUGAAGGGAGUUGCAGGAAUGGGGAAGAUCAGAUGGAGGGAAGGAGUAGAGGGAAGAGGGGGAGAAACCAGGAGAGGAGAGGGAAGCAAAGUGCGCAGGACCCAGGAUGGGGGAAGAAAUGAGAGUGGAGGUGAGAAUGGAGAUGAUGAGAGGGAGGGAGGGAAGCAGCAAUGAAGAUGGGGACCCGGGUGCAGAUGGUGACUUGAUUAGAUGGGCAUGGUGAAGCUGAAGUGUAAUGAUGUCUAUGUUUAUAAUUCAAAAAAUUAAAAUUUGUGCUUAAAUUAUGUCUUUACAUGAGGAUAACAAUUGCAAAACUGUCUGGAUUUGUCUAUUUUAAAACUAUUGGUACAAAUAACUUCCAUAUUCAGCCAGAAGGCAGGGUCUGACCCAUUCAGUUUGGGGUCGGUCUCUUCUGUUUUCCUGGGAUAGUGUAGUGUGGGUGAGUGUGAGAUAACAAAGAAAAACCAGAAUUCCUACUCAGGACAGGAGGCUCUCAAGGUCAAGGCCCCAACAAUGUAGGCAGACUGUCUGAAAAUUUAUAAAAGGGUUGCGGGUUGGGGGUAGCUCAGUGGUAGAGCACACGUCAAUUCAAUUCCCAGUACCAUAAAAUAUGUGGGGAUUUCUUCCCAUUCAUAAGCAGUUCUCCUUAAGACAACAAUUUAGUGUUCUGUAAUUUAACUGAGAUCUGGCAUUCACUGCCUGGAGAUACGAUCAGAUGCCACCGUUUGAAGGUUCAGUAUAGAAGCACUGCCCCCCAGUUUAGAUGCCAGUCUCAUGAUCAGGUUGGAACUUGGACUUUAGUCAACUGGAUAUACAUCCUGGAUUCCCAUGACGCCUGCUAAGCUUCUAUUACUUUUCUAGUUCAACACCCAGCGUGCAGGGAACACUUGAUAAAGUUUAUCCACUUGUUAUAAGGGAUACAGGUGAAGAGCCAGAUAGGCCCCCUGUAGUCUUCAACGUUUUCAGGUAGGGUGGCCUUGUACUUCCUGGGGCUUAGGUGAACAUCUCUGCUUAUUAUCUACAAUAUUGAAGAUACUACAGUAUGUUUUAAGUUACAAAAUAAAGAAUAAACUGUAUGUUUACCUAAGACAGGUGAGGAAAUGGAUUUUAAACUUCAUUUAGGUGAAUAGAAAUGUCAGACCUCAGUCCUACCUGCUCUGCUUCCCCAGGGCCUCUGCCCUCAUCUCCUGCUGUGUCCUCUGCUUGCUCACUUUCAGCCACAGGGGCCUCUUUCCUUUUCCUGGCCGGAGCUUGCUCCAGCCUCAGGGCCUUCACUGGGUCCUGUCUCUCUACCUAGCCCUCUACAUGGCCCCUGGGCUGCAGGUGGCCAACCCCUCAGGUCUAUGACAUCACCUGCUCCAUGGAGACUCCUUGAUCGCCCCCAGCUCCUGUCACACUCCAGCCACAACCUGCCCCCACUCUGGUCCAUGCAGCUUGCUGUGUCUGUCUCUUUCUCCUCCUUUACUGUCCACUACCUGGACCCUGAUAAGAACAAGGGUCCAAGAGAUGGGCAGAGCCAGAAGGUGGGUGGUGGGCUGGGCCUGCCCCUCCGGGAGGUGCUCAACGUUGGCUUCCCAUGAGUGCUGAGGCAUUUUGCAAGCAGUCUGUCCACCUACUGGACAUCUCAUUGAUGGGUGCACAGCCUUAAUAAGAUUGACUUGUAAAGACUCGUGUUACCUGAGGAAACAGCCCUGAAGAGGAGGAGGAAAGAAAAGGAGUCAGGAAUGGCUGUCACUGAGGGACAGUUGGCAUUCAGGGAUGUGGCCAUUGAAUUCUCCCAGGAGGAGUGGAAGUGCCUGGACCCCACACAAAGGGCUUUGUACAGGGACGUGAUGCUGGAGAACUACAGGAACCUGGUCUCCCUGGGGAUCUUCCUUCCUGACCUUGGUGUUAUUUCCAUGUUGGAAGAAGGGAAAGAGCCCUGGACCUUGAAGAAUGAAGUGAAAAUAGCAAGAAAUCCCAGUGGGUGGGGCUGUGUCAAAGGUGUGAACCCAGAUUUCUCUCCUAAACACAUAAUUAAAAAAUCACCUUCAAAAAGAAACAGCAGUAUAGAAGAGAGAUUCCAGAAAGCCAUGCUGGGAAGACAUGAGCACCAUGACGCUGAAGCCCUUUCCUUCAGGGACAUCCAGAGAAAGGCACAUGGCUUCCAGUUUCCAUGGAGAGAUGGUGAAGGAGAUUGUAAGAGAGUGCCCAUGAUCCAUAAAGGAAGCCACAUGGGUGGAAGAGACCGUGGUGAUGGACAGGAUGCAGGGAGCAAGCUUGAGAGUGAUUGGCUUGGGCUGGGCUUUCCGCCAGGCCUGUCUGCACCCCAGCUGCUUCAGUCUGCAGGGAAAAGCGAGUGUGGUGAAGAGGAGAAGUCUGUGCACAGUGGUUCUUCAGCUUUACCACCUCAAAGCGUUCCUUCCAGUGUCGGAACGCUGGAAGGAUACGGGAAUGACUUUCUUUAUUCUUCAUUGCUCAUUCCAAGGCACAAAGCACACAUUAGGGACAAGCCUUACAGAUGCCACGAGUGUGGCAAGGUCUUUAGUUACACCUCCUCUCUUGCACAUCAUCGCAGAAUCCACACUGGAGAGAAACUGUACAAGUGUGCUGAGUGUGGCAAGGCUUUCUUCAGGCGCUCCUAUCUUUUGGUGCACGAGAGACAUCACACGGGAGCAAAACCUUACAAGUGCAAUGAGUGUGGUAAGGUCUUCACUCAGAACUCACACCUAACAAGUCAUCGCAGAACUCACACCGGAGAGAAGCCGUACAAGUGUGCCGAGUGCGGCAAGGCCUUCAGCGUGCGCUCCAAUCUAACCAACCAUCAGGUGAUCCACACUGGAGAGAAGCCAUACAAGUGCAACGAGUGUGGCAAGGUCUUCAGCCAGACCUCGAGCCUCGCGAUUCACCGGAGAACUCACACAGGGGAGAAACCAUACCGGUGUAACGAGUGUGGCAAGGUCUUCAGCUCUCACUCAAACCUCAACACCCACCAGGUCAUCCACACUGGAGAAAAGCCCUACAAGUGUUCUGAGUGUGGCAAGGUCUUCACCCAGAACUCACACCUGGCCAAUCACUGGAGGACUCAUACGGGGGAGAAGCCGUACAAGUGUACAGAGUGUGGCAAGGCCUUCAGCGUGUACUCAAGCCUGACUACUCACCAGGCGAUCCACACUGGGGAGAAGCCGUACAAAUGCAAUGAGUGUGGCAAGGUCUUCACCCAGAACUCACACCUGGCAAGUCACCGAGGAGUUCACAGUGGAGAGAAGCCAUACAAGUGUGAUGAGUGCGGCAAGGUCUUCAGCCAGACCUCAAACCUCGCCAGGCACUGGAGGGUGCACACUGGGGAGAAGCCCUACAGGUGUGCCGAGUGCGGCAAGUCCUUCAGCGUGCGCUCCAGCCUGACGUCCCAUCAGGUGACCCACACUGGAGAGAAGCCAUACAAGUGCAAUGAGUGUGGCAAGGUCUUCAGCCAGACCUCGAGCCUCGCAAUUCAUCAGAGGAUUCACACAGGGGAGAAACCAUACCGGUGUAACGAGUGUGGUAAGGCCUUUAACUCACACUCAAACCUCAACACCCACCAGGUCAUCCACACUGGAGAAAAGCCGUACAAGUGUUCUGAGUGUGGCAAGGUCUUCACUCAGAACUCACACCUGGCCAAUCAUCGUAGAACUCACACCGGGGAGAAGCCAUACAAGUGUACAGAGUGUGGCAAGGCCUUCAGCGUGUACUCAAGCCUGACUACUCACCAGGCGAUCCACACCGGGGAGAAGCCGUACAAGUGCAAUGAGUGUGGCAAGGUCUUCACCCAGAACUCACACCUGGCAAGUCACCGGAGGACUCACACUGGAGAGAAGCCGUACAAGUGUGAUAAGUGUGGCAAGGCCUUUAGUGUGCGCUCAAGCUUGACUACCCACCAGGCAGUCCACACUGGAGAGAAGCCAUACACAUGUAAUGAGUGUGGUAAGGUCUUUAGUCGAAGUUCCAACCUUGCAAGUCAUCGAAGAACUCACUCUGGACUCAAGCCUUACAAAUGAGUGUAGCCAGGUCUUUGCCUUGCACAACAUCUGUGCAUUAAUUUUUAAGAGAGUUUAUAAACGCAGUGACUGUGGAAGACUAUCAGGAGUUGAUCCGUGGCUGGGGUGUGGCCCAGGGCAGAGUACUUGCCUUGUACAUGCCAGGCCCUGGGGUCCACGCCCAGCACAGACAGUAGUGCAAGCACUGGUAGGCUCCAGAGCAUAUGGAAAGAAGUCUUGUAUCUGUAAUGUGCCCCACAGAGGCUUCAGUCCAGCCUCACAGAUGACUGGAAAGCAGCAAUACGUCAUUGAUGAAACCGUACAAAUGGAGGGUCUUUACUGGGCUGUUGUUACCUGAUGACCAUACCUGCAGAUGAGGAUUUACUUGAAGAAAUUCUCUAGUUCUCUAUGGGUAACCCUGGUCACUACAUUUUGUGGAGUAAUUCCAAGUCAAAAUACGUUAAGACUCAAAGGUGCAAGGACUUUUGGAAAUCAACUACUUAUCUUCAGGUCAAGAAUUACUUUAUUCAGUCAUUUGAGGUCUCAUGAGAAGGCUUCUUUGCUAUAUGUAACUUUUACCCUGGGCUUUAAAACCUGUCUCACGUUGUGCCUGCCUUCCAGGCCUUUAUUAUGGUCACUGGGAAAGAAGCAUAGGAUGGGAGGGCUUACUGCAUUAGGUAAGGGUCAUUCUGUUCAACUUCUGGGAAGACAAGCUCUGCCUUUCCAGGUAAAUAUUGUCUAAAUUAGCAUCUGGAAGAGGUAAAGAGUAGUGUCUUUAAGUGGAUACAAGUCGUCAAGCUUCCUGUGUCCUGAGGCCCUUCUGUAGUUUAUAGGAAAAAUCAAAAAUCAUUCCAUCGACUGUAAAAUAAAACAGACCAAGGAUGUGCCAUCCUGGGGGCUCAUAUGGGAUGAGAGUCACAGGCGAACAGGGACAGACUGUGAUAGAAUGCAAAAGAAUGGGGACCACAUGCUCCAUUGAAUCACAAUAGCACUCUUAGCAAAGACCGAAGAGUAAUUAGCCCUAUUUUUGAAAUUGAGAGUUAUCAGACUGGAAAAUCUAAUUAAAAGAACCAGAAUGGGGGCUCGGGGCAUGGCUCGAUAGAGUACUCGCCUAGCAUGUUUAAGGCCCUGGGUUCUAAGCUCGACAAAAAAGAAAAAAUAGCAUUUCCUUCAGGAUUAUUUAACUGCUGGUCAUACAUUUUGCCACUGCUUUAGUACAAUGUAUCAUUGAUCUGAUGUUUUAAUUAAUAAAAUUUAAUCUUUUCAUUACUACAA